AUGUCAGCCUGAACUGGAUAUCUUCUGCUUUCGCCAAAUUAUCCCACAACAAUGUCAUGCUCAGACAGCCCGUCUGCAAACUCCUUUUUAGUAGAUUCUCUGAUCAGCGUGGGCCGUGGCGGGGAAGGAACCUAUUACCCCAACAGCAGCGUGUACCUGCCGCCUGCCUCUGAGCUGUCUUACGGCACCCAGAACUGUGGACUUUUCCCAUCUCUGAGCAAACGCAGCGAGAACAACUCUCAGAGUAUGGUCCUGACUUCUCAUCCUUACAUGAGCGGGAUGGAGGUCUGGUCAGAUCCCCCAAGGUCCUGUCGCAUGGAACAACCUGCAGCCCAGCAAGUAGCAGCAUGUUCCUUCCCCCAGAAUAUCAAAGAAGAGAAUGCAUAUUGUUUAUAUGAUUCGGAGAAAUGUCCCAAAAGCGCAGCAGCAACAGAUCUUUCCACGUUCCCAAGGCUAACAUCAGAUUCGUGCUCCAAUAGUGACACGACUACUAGCGGCGGGGUUCCUGUCCCUGGCUAUUUCCGUCUGUCCCAAGCCUAUCCGACAUCCAAACAGACACUUUAUAACAACACGGGGCAGGUUGGGGCCUCUCCAUUCGUACCCCAGUCCCAGAUCCGUUUUGGAACACCCCCUUCUUCAGCUUCGACCCCGACUGAGUUGGGGAGAAAAGGAAGUGAAGGGACAUCCCCCGGUCAUUUAACCUGCGGUUCGGAAAGAGAAGAGGCAGAAGCUCCCGCUUCUUCAGCGAACGAAGAGUCAUCUCCAGUCCCUUCAGAAAGCAGUAAAAACUCUCCUGAGAAAGAAACAAAAGGGGAGGUGAAAGCUGAAAACGGGGCCAACUGGCUGACUGCAAAGAGUGGCAGAAAAAAACGCUGCCCUUACACCAAACAUCAGACCCUGGAGCUGGAGAAAGAGUUUCUCUUCAACAUGUACCUGACUCGAGAGCGUCGCCUAGAGAUUAGCCGCAGUGUCCACCUGACUGACAGACAGGUCAAAAUCUGGUUUCAAAAUCGCAGGAUGAAACUCAAGAAAAUGAAUCGUGAGAACAGGAUUCGGGAGCUCACAGCUAACUUCAGCUUUUCAUGA